AACACGCUAGGGUUUUGGGGGCAGAGCAAAUUGAAAUAUCCGAAGGAGAGACGAUGAAGAGGCUACAUUACUUCUCCUUCUUCUGCAAAACCGUGUCUUCCGCUCCUUCUCCUCGACCCCACGAUGCUGCCCUCCUCUUUGCCGUCUUACCUUAUUCGGCCUCAGCCACUGCCGCCGGUGCCGCAUCCAUCACUGGGAAGCAUAUGUUCAUGGCCCAGUACCUCGUCGACUCAUGUGGCUUCGACCAGGAGAAGGCCACCGAGGCCUCGAAGCUUCUCAAGGGCAUCCAAUCCCGGCAGCAGCCCGACUCCGUGCUUGCUUUCCUCAAAAGUUACGGUUUUAACGAUUCCACAGUCAAAAGGUACCUACUUUUCUCCCCCAAAUGUCUUCUUUUGGAUGUAGAGAAGACACUUGCCCCAAAGUUCCAAGCUUUCGAAGAUCUGGGUCUCUCCCCAUCCGACAUCGUCCACCUCGUCAGGUCGAAUCCCUCCACCAUCCAAAUGAAACACGAACGCAUUCGAUCUAAGAUCGAAUUUUGGCAAGGCCUUCUCAGCUCCAAGGAUGCACUGGUGAAGUUGAUCAAGAGAAACCGAGGGAUUCUUACGUGGAGCAUUGAGAAGAGGAUCCAGCCCAACCUUGAGUUGCUUCAGGAAUGUGGCGUGGACGGCCAAAAGCUCGCCUUUAUCUUGAGGAAUCGCCCAAAGAUCGUGACACAAAAUGCUGAUUACUUAAAGUCCUUGAUUAGUCGCGCGGAGGACUUGGGAGUGCCACGGACAUCGGGGAUGUUCCAUUGCACUCUGAGUGCACUCUUCACGGUCAGUCGAGAGAAGUUCAAGAUGCAAAUGGAAUUGUUCCGGAGCUUUGGGUGGUCAGAGGACGAUUUUGUUGUGGCAUUCCAGAAAUGGCCUACCUUCCUGCAAGGGUCUUUGACGACUUUGCAGAGAAAAAUGGAGUUCUUGAUAAAUGAGGCUGGAUAUGCUUCUUCUUACAUUGCUACACGUCCAGUAAUAUUGACACUGAGCUUGGAGAGAAGGAUGAUUCCAAGACAUCGGAUCUUGGCAACCUUGAAGUCUUGGGGGCACUGUGAAAGGAAUUACAAAGAGAUAGCAUACAUGCUGGAUUCCGAGGCCAAAUUCUUAGAGAAGUACAUUAUCCUCUACAAGGACAGGUAUCCAGCUCUGACUAAACUCUAUGCAAGCUUAAACCACUCCAAUACUUCUGAUUCUGGACUUCAAUGACGUAAGUCAUUUUUUUUCCCCUGCAAGUUAUUGUUCAUGUUACCAUUCUUCACUGUAUGGCUUCUCCUUUGUCAAACUCUAAAGCUAAUAUUGAUGCCAACAAGCAUGAAUAUGAGAAGAAUUCACAGAAUCAUAAUCUUGUUUUUGCAUGUCAAUAUGCACGAAGAUAAGAACAAAUCACAGGAUCAUGAUCUUGAUUUUGUGUGUCUAUUGAACUUAAAGCUCUCAGAUUCAUCACUUGCUAUGUUAGACAAUUGUUAUUGCAAGAGACAUCUUUCCUUUAUGAACAUUCAGUAAUCUAUCCUUGUUUGAGUUGUGGUUA